GAAGUCAUGCUGAUUCGAAGCCAAGCUUUACGGUGGGCAGUUUUCUUGACACUUUGUCUUCUGUUGGCGAAGGGGUUCCCUGCAAAAAGAGGAAGAGCAGAUCACAUCAAGAGCAAGAGUGGAGCAUCUCUAGAGGUCAGAGGUCACAGUGGCUCCAAAGAUGUCAGACAGUCACUGCGGGACAUUCAGCGGCAGAACCAAUUGAGGAGUGAGCCACCUUUGCCUCGCCGUCAUAAGAGGAGAUGGUCACAGAUUCGCUCAGAGGGAGUCCUUCCCAAACCUGCUCCACAGGAAGAAGAAGAACCAUUCAUUUUAGACCUGAAGAACUUCCCUGACCUUGCCAACGCAGACCUGGGCUCCCAGAACCCAAACAUUCAAGUUACCAUUGAGGUUGUGGACAACCCACAGAUGGAGAUUGAGAUGGACCUCGCCAAGGAGAGCAGGAAUGACUGGUCCUUGAGCUCAGAAGAGUGGCCAGGCCAUAAAAAGCUCUUCUGGCCGCUGUUUUGGGAAUACCAUGACUCCAGUCAAGAGGGUCCUGGGCAAGGCAGUCUGGAGGAGAACGGAGAGGACCUCAGUUAUGAGGGAGAAGAUUCCCUGUUGAGUGGUGUGGGUGCAGACUGGAACAGACGAUGGAAGGGCUGGGACUCCAUGGACAAUUACGAAUAUGAGGAGGAAGAAUGGAGCGACUGGUCACCAUGCAGCGUCACCUGUGGACACGGGAAUCAAAAGAGGAUUCGUUCAUGUGGCUACGCCUGCACUGCUACAGAAUCACGGACAUGUGAUUUAGAGCGUUGUCCCGAUGACAUUCCUGUGACAGAACCGACUCCUCAUGAAGUGACAAACAGCACAGAGCUUUUUGGCACAGAUGUUGACAGCUGUGAGAAGUGGCUGAAUUGCAAGAACGACUUCCUCCAGAAAUACCUACACCAGGUCCUGACCGAAUUACCCAACUGCCCUUGCGUCUACCCAUCCGAGGUGGUCUACAGCGCUGUCAACAUUUUCGAUAGGAAGUUGCAAAAGACCUAUCGCUGGCGAGAUGCCAGCGGCCCCAAGGAGAGGCUGGAUAUCUACAAGCCCUCUGCAAAGUUCUGCGUUCGCUCGAUGCUCUCCUUCGACAGCACCACGUUGGCUGCACAGCAUUGCUGCUACGACGAUCACAUGAAGCUCAUCACUCGAGGCAAAGGGGCCGGAGCCCCCAACCUCAUCAGUACGGAGUUUUCCCCGGAGCUUCAUUACAAAGUGGACGUUCUCCCAUGGAUCCUGUGUAAAGGAGACUGGAGCCGUUUUCAUGCAGUUCGGCCUCCCAAUAAUGGUCUACAGUGUGUUGAGAACCCGCAGGAAGAUGUCUACAUGAAUGAACUAGAGGAGGCCAGGGAGUACUGAUCCAGACCAUGGAUUUCACAUCAAAUCAACCAGUGUUUGCUUAAUUCUGGAGAGUCCUGUGGUACAGAACGGGCGUCUCACCAGUCUUGAAGUCAAUAAAAGCCUGCUCCUUUCGGAUUGGGCGACUCUUUCACAGAUCUAGACUAUUUAGUUGAUACUAAAUGGAACUCUAGAGAGAUUCAUCUGGAAACUAAAGCUUAGAUACUGUCACAAACUGUUUCGUACUGCUCAACUGCAACAACACUGGUUUAACAUGUUGGUCCAAAGCUCAGAUUGGAAGAUCAUGAUGCAAUUUUCUGUCUUCAGUGAUGUUACGUACAUGCUCCAAAUAAAGUUCAGUAACAGUUCUUCAAUGGCAUCCUCUGGAACAAGUUCACUGUAUUUUCAUUGGAUACACGUUUGUUUUCCUUAAGUGUCCUCAAAGACUCUGGUCCACCAUUAAAGGAAUUCCAGUAAAGCUGCUAGAAUUGUGAGAUAUUCAAAAAUGCAACAGAAUGCCGAUUUUGUUGUCUUUAGACCUGAAGCUCAAUCCUGGCCUCGCUCCAGUCUGUGCGAGAUCAGUCCAAACAAAUCAAACAAAAGCCGCACCACUCUCAAACCGAUUCAACAAAUUUCUGAGAAAAGUCCUUCUCUUUAGAGUUUGUAUAUUGUUACUCCAAAUAUACACAGACCUUGUGUCACUGGAUAGAUAUUUAUGCAGGAUCAUUUGACCUUUGACCUACCUUUUUGCAGAGAAAAAAAUUAAGGAAUCUGAGAAGCGAUAGGGAACCUUUUUUUUAAACUUGCCUUUGAGAAGACGUCCCUCAGCAAUGGGAUGCUUGUUUUUUAAAAUCGGAAGUAUAAUUGGAUCCCAUUCUGUUUUCUUUUUUGCCUUUCAACACAUCUCAGCUUUGUACUGAAUGCAAUAUGAGACAGCCGCCUGAUACCAGUGCAGGGGGCUGUCGGAGCAUGGUUGAUGGAUUGAAGUCUUCCUCUAAAGGUGAGGUGAAGGUAACACUUGUCGUAAACGAACAUCUCUUUAAAUACAAUGGCUCUUUCAAUGUCUCGGUUCAUCCUUGAGUCCCAGUCAAAGCCUAGAGGCUUGCAUGGGAUGUAGUUUGAAGGACCUAAGCCGCCCUUUUCAGCACAAGUGUUAUCAUGAUCUCUUUGUUAGAUGUUGACACGGAAUGCUGGUAAUUUGAUUUCUAAAGUCCCGCUGACAGACGACUGCUCCAUGUAGCAAUAAACAUCCACCUUUGAUAUUAUCAUGAACUGGGCUUAAAAUC